GAGAAACUGAAGUGAAAAAGACGUGACUGAAAAAGAAAUCAAGGAACGAUUUGAAGAAACAGAUUCAUUUCCUAACAAAUCAAGUUUGAAUUAAAUGGCUGAUAAACAAAUCAGUUUACCUGCUAAGCUGAUCAAUGGAGGGAUAGCUGGGCUCAUCGGGGUCACCUGUGUAUUUCCCAUUGACCUAGCAAAAACUCGUCUGCAGAACCAGCAGAAUGGCCAGCGGAUGUACACCAGCAUGUCUGACUGCCUCAUUAAAACAAUUCGGUCGGAAGGCUACUUUGGCAUGUACAGAGGGGCUGCAGUGAACCUGACUCUAGUGACACCAGAAAAGGCUAUCAAACUGGCAGCCAAUGACUUCUUCCGGCAUCACCUCUCCAAAGAUGGGAAAAAGCUGACGCUGCUGAGGGAGAUGCUGGCAGGCUGCGGUGCGGGUACCUGCCAGGUGAUUGUCACCACUCCCAUGGAGAUGCUCAAAAUCCAGCUGCAGGAUGCAGGGCGAAUUGCGGCGCAGAAGAAGCUGAUGGCAGCACAGGCCCAGCUCUCCUCUUCCUCUGGGGCGGGGGCGGCCGAGCCGGCGGUGGAAAGGCGCCCCACAGCAACACAGAUAACGAGGGAGCUGCUGCGGAGCAAAGGCAUCGCGGGACUCUACAAGGGCCUGGGAGCCACGCUGCUAAGGGUGCAGGAGGGGAGCUCUGCUGACGGAGCUGCCUCCAGCUCAGAUGAGGUUUCCUUCUGCCUGAGCAAUACCUUUGGCCGCAGCAGUACUCCUGGGAAUGGGUUUGUUUUCCCCUGUUUUGCUGACAAAUACAACAGCAGUCUGGUUUUGGUGAUCUCAUUUUGGCUGUUUCAGAGACAACACUCUCAGGGUGGCUCUCACCUGCUGAAGAGCAUGCUGCAUUCCCAGUGCUCACCACUGUCUCUCUUCUCUUUCUCUCCAGUGAUCAAAACGCGGCUGCAGUCCUUGCAGAGAGGAGUGAACGAGGACACCUACUCAGGGAUCCUGGACUGCACCAAGAAGAUCUGGCAGAAGGAAGGUCCCAUGGCCUUCCUGAAAGGGGCGUACUGCCGAGCCCUGGUCAUCGCUCCUCUCUUCGGCAUCGCACAAGUCGUCUACUUCCUCGGCAUCGCAGAGUUCCUGCUGGACAUGCUCCCUAAGCACCGUGCCUAGCCGUGUGCCCUCCUGCCCACUGCAGCGCUGAAUUUAUCCCCGUGUUCAUCAUCAGUGUCGAUUGAUGUCAGAGCAACAGCACAAAGGGUUCGCGCGGGGAUGCCGAGGGGACGU